CCUACCUGGCAUUGAAACAAAUAGGAACCUCCUGGACUAUUACUUACUCGUUGUUGUUUGACAACGUGUAUCUUGCGGGAAACAUGCUUCUGUACCCUGACCUUCUGGCCCUACUGUUCCUCCAGCUUGCGCUCUCCAGCCCAUGGACACUAGCCUCCCGGCUGCCUCCUCUCAGUGGAGGGAAUCCCUUCAGUAAGGGCUCCCAGGUGGCCAGGGCCCCCACACAGAGGCAGCAGUCUGGAGAGCUCAGCACCACUGUCCUGGCCCUGGGGGAGCCCUGUGGGGUCUACACUCUGAGCUGUGCCCGUGGACUCCGCUGCACCCCACCACUGGGGUACCCCAGCCCCCUCCAGGCCCUGCUGCAGGGCAGGGGAGUCUGCAGCAAUGCCAGUGGGCCCAGCCCUUCUGAGAGGCCCCAGCCCACAGCCACACACCCAACACCCAGUGAAGACCUGGAGAAGGCUCCAUGCCGUAGGCUGCUUAACACUGUACUUAAAGGUCUGCAGCCCCUGGUCUUCCAGUCAGACUGUGCUGAUAUAUAUAUGCCCAACUGUGACAAGCAUGGUUUCUUCAGAAAGAAGCAGUGUCGGUCGUCUCGGGGCAUGCAUCGCGGCCACUGCUGGUGUGUGGACAAGAGUGGCAUACCAACCCCAUCACACACAAGCCCAGAGGGCACCCUGAUCUGUGACAACGCAUGAAAGGGCACUGUCCAGCCCACCCUAUCCUGCAGUCUGGAAUAUGGGCCAUAGGGUGAGGAUCGAGAGGAAGAAAAGUAGAGCAAGAUGAGAAUAAAAGAGAGGGAUAGAAAAGGAGGAAAAGCGAGGGAUGGAGGAGGAAGCACUUCCCAAAGUGCUUUACACUAAAUGGCUGAUACAAGCCAAAGGUUGCGUACCACAUGGCAUCCUAUUCCCUAAGUAGUGAAGAUAAUUUCCCAUACCCUUCCUGGAUUGACUGCCUUAAAUUCUAAUUGAGCCCAACCAUGCUACCUACAAGCACAAUCCUUCCAAUUCCAUUUCUCAUGGUCAUUCUCUUUAUCCAUCCCAUUAGUUUGGUCUCACAGCACCCUCUAGUGAUGAGUUAUGAUGCAAUACAGACAAGAAACAUGAUUUACCAAGUACAUUUGUGAGUGUGGACUAGAUGGGUAUGGAAUUGCUAUGCACUUUGUUAUCAUUUCAAAAUCUGUUCUCUGUGCUAUGACGCAGAGUUGUGAGUUAAUUUUAGAAUCUAACUCAAAGUUGGUAGGCCUGUAGUAAACUACAUACCCAAUUCCAUUUACCCGCUUUUCUCCUGGCCUAGUGAUGAGGCUUGUCUCUGAUGAUGUAUCCACUGUCUCUCUUAUAACUCUGAAACUAUGCUCUUAAAUCUGACAUUAUUCUGAUGUUUAAAAUCCAGGGUCAAGCACUACUAGAGCACCUCCAACCUUUUUACUGACAUUGCAGCAGACAAAUUUUAAUACUAUAAGAUGGUCUUUUGUAAACAUACAGUACCAGUCAAAUGUUUGGA